AGAGCCGCUCCCGCAGCCCGGCGCCGGGCGGCGCGCCUUCGCGGGCCGGCCUAGGGCCGCCCGCGGAUACGCGCCCGGCCAUGCCGGGCAGCGGUGGGGUCGAGCCCGACGCGGCGGAAGUCCCUGAGAUAUCGGCUUCUAUGUCUGGGAGAAGAAGAUGCAGGUGAUCACCCAUCUGGUUGCCAAAGGCAGGGAGAUCAAGAAGGAGCAGCUGUCAGAACUCGUUGAGCCCCCAGAGGGCACUGGCGAGAAUGAGACGAUGAUUCCAGUCGACAUGCUAGGCUUCGGUGACCACCACUUCGAGGACGUCGACCAUGCCGUGGAGAAGCUCGGCGUCAAGGCCACGGCGGAGGCCUUCCUGAAGUCCCGCGAGUGCUUCGACAAGUUCAAAGCUGGGGUGCCGGAGCGGGGCCUCGUCGGGCUGGGACCACCUGCCCGGGCCGCUGACCGUCGCCGAGUGGAGGGCGGCGCAGGAGGACGACGAGGAGAUCGACUCCGAGACGCAGGUCUCUGGGAGGUCGCCCUGUCCCACUUCGACGUGGCAGCUACGCGGUCCCGCCUCUCCUGGCGUCCCGUGCGCCAUGCCUCUUGCCAUGCUGCGCAGACUCGGCCACGCGGCACCAGGCCGCCGCCGAGGAGCCGCCCUCCAAGAAGGCGAAGGCGGAGUGACCCGCCACCCCUUUGGGCCCAGCGCGCCACUGUGCUGCGCGACGUGUCGUCGUGCGUGCGCGUUCGGCCGCGCGCGCCAAGCGACCAGCCGCAGGAGGAGGAGGAUGAAUC